GGGUAAUAAGCGAAGAAUUGCACAAUCAACUCAGAGAGGCAAAAGGCCAAGACAUGACCCUGCUCCGGAUAUACUAGUCCCUCAAGAAGAACCACGAGGAGGGGGUUCAGGUUCGAAUACAGGCGCAUUAUCUGGGCCUAGUAGUUCAAGACCUGGGUCUAGUUGA